GUUAAUCAAAAUUUCUUUAUCUAAGUUCUAAUAAAAUCAUAAAUAUUAACAAUAUUAAAUUUAUCAGGGCAAUAAGAAAGCAUUUAUUCUAUCAUUUUGUUUUGAAAUUGUCUACAAGAUGGCGACUUAUGCGAUGCGCAUGGGAUGGCGUGCAUCGGGCGAAAUGUUGAAAUCCUCAUCAAUCUACCGAAAAACCUUGCAAAAUGUUCCUGUAUACCUCAGUGUGCCGAGCUCAACUAUUAUUCACACACAAAGAAGAUCAUUGUUCGUUCUACCACUUGGAAUCGAUGUCGGUUUAUUUGGUGUUGCGGCUUAUUUUACGACCAAAUUGAAGCGCCCAGAUCCUGAGAAUGUAUCCCACAUAUUUGGGCCUGAACACGGGUCUAAAGAAGGCGAUUCGCAUCCAGAGAGAAUAUUGAAAUGCAUAGCGCACAGGGGUGCUGGCUUAGACGCCCCGGAGAAUACUUUAGAGGCAUUUAAAUAUUGUGUGGAAAGAGAUUGCAACUUUGUUGAACUUGAUGUAAGGACAUCUAAAGAUGGGCAGCUUGUGCUGCUCCAUGAUAGAGGGUUGGAACGGCUCACUGGUGCAAAUAUAAGCAAUGUUCAGGCUAUGGACUGGGAAAGCCUUAAAAGUUUUGAUGUAGGUGCUAAGCAUCCAAAUAGGGAACACUUUAGAGAUGUCCGUCUGUGUCUUUUGGAGGAGGCAAUAGACUAUCUGCUGGCGAAUAAAGUAAAAAUGAUAAUUGAUAUCAAAGGCGAAGAUAAACAGAUGGUCAAUGGAAUAGUGCAAACGUUUGCAUCUAACCCAGUCCUGUAUAAAUAUGCUGUGGUUACCUCAUUCAACCCUUUCAUGCUGUACCAGAUUCGAAAAAGGGACCCAGAAAUAGUUGGCGCCCUUAGUUACCGGCCCUAUUGCUUUAGUGCCGCGGACUAUGAUGCUGAGAACGGACCCACCAACCCUAGAUUCGGAGACAAGCUUCCAAUCCACGUGGCAGUUCGCGUCGCUGACUUCAUCCACAGCCUGCUCUGGCGAUGGACGGCUCGCUGGUGCUCCGUGAGCGCUGUUCUCCUUCACAAGGACAUCGUGAGCCCGAGUGAGGUGUACUACUGGCGUUCUCUGGGCAUUCGCUGUGCUGGUUGGUGUGUCAACCGGCCCGUGGAGAAGCUAUACUGGCGCAGUGUUCUGAAGUCUCCAUACCUCGCGAACACACUGGUUGGGGAACCUGAGGUAGAACAUAAGAGGGAGAGAGACAAAAAAUCUGUCGAACGAGCCGCGAAAACCGACACGAUUCUAGAAGAGAAAAAGCUUUCGUCGGGGCAGAAAUAAGCAUAGACUUAUAAGUUUACUUAAUAAGCAAAUGUGUUAAUUUAAGCGAAAUAUUUCGUCACGUUGUAGGAUUUAGAUGUGCUCACAAAGAUUAGUGUUUGAAAUGUAUGACCAGGCUUUUUGGAUUAGUCACAGUUUUAACCGUAGGUUAUACAGGGUGUACUCUUUAAGUAUGACCAGGCGAAUACUAUUACAGAUAUAAAAAAAAACAUAAACUGAUAUCAAAAGUACUUUAACAAAUGAGUAAAAUCAUAUCUAUGACUUUCUAAAAAUCAAAGAAAAAGUAUCCAAAAUUUUGAUAUUAAACACUCUUAUAUAUUUAGUAUGAGAUUAGUAGAAACAUCUGUUUUCAAUAUUUACUUAUUCAUUUAUAAGUUAUUUUUUAUUACUUGUCUAGGUUAAUAAACAGUUUCCUUAAUAUCAGUACUAAACUAAAAUAACCAUUUUAAAUAAGGAAAUUAAAUCAUUUCUACUAAUCUCAUACUAAAUGUAUCGGGUUUAUAAUCCAAGUUUAAGGUUUUUUUUUGAUACGAUUACAUCCUGUAUAUAUAUCCACCGGAAGUUUCGCUCGUAAUCUUUUAUAAGCUACUACUAUACUACUAUGGAAUAUUUCAAGCCUAUAGAGUGAAGCUUAAAUUAACAAGAUCAAAUAAAGUAGUCAGUAAAGAUUUUUUGCUUCUAAGAAAAGUACAUGUAAAUGCUUGCAAGUAUGCUAAUAUUGGUUUUUACAUAUAUUUUUAUUGAAAUAACAUUAUUUUGUGGCUACGAUUUAACUAUAUUUUGGUCACGACCGCAUCGUUCCGCAGUCCGGCUAUGACUGACUGAUUUUAUAUAACUACCCUCAUUUUUACCGAAGCCCAUUUUGUUAUUUAAUCAAUUAAGUUUUUAUUACGUUAGUCAAUAGCACAUUCCUGAUAUUAUUUUCUAUUGUGUUAUAUAGUUUAGAGUUGAUAGUAUGAAUUUUAAACCAAGACUUGUUAUUGUCAUUUGUCAAUUGUCAAGUGCUAGACAGUGUGCUGCCACAGAAUAAAGAGUACAGAGGUUAUACCCACUAAUACCCUUUUAAGAAAUUGCAACAUUAGCCAUAGACUUAGAAUAUACUAGCUUGUAGACGACCUGACAGCACAAUAAUGCGUUUUUGAUUUGUCAAUGUGUGCGUGCAGAAUAGUAAGGAGCUAAUGCCAAGCGUGGCUGACUGUCUACGACUUGUGAAUCAAAAUCAGUUACACUUACAAAAGAUUCGUUUUCCUUUUCUAUCUUGCCGUAUCUCCGUUACAGCUGUCCUUCUCUCAGGUACGCUUUUAUAUUGUAAGGCUGCGGCUAAUAUUCUGUCUUGUCCCUAAUUUUAGGAGUUACGACUGUAAUAUAUCCAUAAAUUUUCAGUUACAUUAGGUAUUAAAUUAUUACGUCUGUUUAGAUGGACGACCAAAAGGAUUACCAAAAGAAAGUCAAAGAAAUGGAAUAAGGGAUGUACUAGUUUGAGGUUAGUUUCAUUUUGUAACGUUGUUUGGUGUUUGUACCGCUAGAUGGCGCUGUAGACAAACAGUAUUCAUUAGGUUUUAUUUAUUAGUGUACAAUUUAUUACACUAACCCAUUAAUUAACUAUAGUCUUUUUGUAUAAUUAAUUACAUUAAUUUUUAAAAAUAUUAAAUUUGUUAUUUGCGAAACAGUUGCAAUUCUGUGGCAAGUACAAAUGUUUUUUUAGUAUGUCUUUUUGCAUACAUUUUAUUUACUUCAAAAUAAUAUUUUUAAUGUUGCAUUCGCUGAAGACUUGUAAUCCUUGUAACCCAUAUAAUUUACAUGUAUCAAUCUCGUCACGGUCUAUCUCGCAUUUUUUUUUAUUGUAUUUUAGUGUUGAUUUUAUUUACAAAAUGAGAUUUUAUUCAUAUAGUAUUAGUUGUUUUCUGUAGUAUUUUUGUGUAUUGACAAUGUACCUUAUAUCUACCAGUUUCGAUAAUCGAAAUUCAAUUUAUAACAUUAAUUUUAUUGUCCAUAUUGUUAUUAGACAUAGUAUUUAUAUUUCAAAAGCAAUAUAUUGUUUCUAUGAUUUAGUUAAUUUUUAUUUUUUACGCACGACCGUCCUCCACCACGGUCCGGCUAUGACUGACUGAUUUAUUUAUUUAUUUAUAUCUACCCACCUAUUUCAAUGCAGCUUUUGUUUUGUUAUCCAUUCUACUGAGCUUUUUCGCCCAAUAGUUAAUUGCUCUUAAAUAUGUGUGUUACGCAUUUCAACAAUAUUAUUCUAUUUUUAUACAAUUAAGUAUAAUAUUAUAUUCACAGAUGGAGACAGAAUCAUGCUAAUAUCUACUAAGCUAGCUCCCGUAUAUUCAAAAUUGUUUGAUAUAAAUCGAGUUACGGAAUAGAUUUAUAUCUUUAUCUUUUCCUUAACUCACUUGAGUUGAAAUAAUUUAAUAUGAUGACAGAUCAAACAGUUUUGAAGGCAUGCUCAUAAAAUAGAGUAUAAUUUUCUACAGACUAUUAAAAUAUAUCAAAUAAUUGUACAUUUUUCAAUAUUUUUCAAGUAAAUUUUUGGUGGGUAGUCUUAAAACGACCCGUGAAAGGUCUUUGACCCCAGUACGUAUUGAGAUGCUAUUUAACGUAAUGCGUUAUCCCUGUUUUAAUUUCGUAUAGUGAAUAUUCUGUUAUGUAGUGACGAAUAGUAAACUUUUUUCAUCAUCUUUAAUUUUUUUUUAAUAAUUUCUGUAUAACUAUUUAUAAAAAUCGUCAUGGUCCUUGAAACACGAUUCUGUGUGACGGCGAAGAUCUUGUCUAUGUUACCUCGAGUAUUAUUUUACCAAAAAUGUAUUUAUUGCUGUUAUUUUAAUGAGCGCACAGUAUAAUAAUAAUAAUAAUGUGCACAGUGCAAUUGUAUCAGUUAUGAGUUUUGUGAGCGUUUGUGAAUGUUUUGUGAGCUUCUAAUAUUAUGCUGUUUAAGUUGUAAUUAAAUUAAUUAGGAAAUUUGCGUACAUUGUUAUUAGUGUAAAAAUUGCAAGCUGGUGAAAUUACUGGACAAUUGAGACUUAACAUCUUAUGCCUCAAGGUGACGAGCGCAAUCGUAGUGCCGCUCAGAAUUAUUGGGUUUUUUAAGAAUUUUUUAAGAGCGGCACUGCAUUGUAAUGGACAUGGCGUAUCAAUUACCAUCAGCUGAACGUCCUGCUCGUUUCGUCCCUUAUUGUCAUAAAAAAAGAGAACCAUCAGAUGUCUAGUUUUGACCACCUCUAUAAAAAUAUCUGUUUAUUAAAUAUAUGUUAAUGAUAAUAUCUAUUUUUUUUAUUAGUCCCAAAAUUUUUGGAUGCAGGUUUCGAGCUUGUAUCUACAACAGUUCUCUGACUAUGGGCGCAAAUAAGAACUUGGAUAUGUGCCAUGAAUUUGCAUAUUGUACCCAUGUUUUCUAACAUUUAUAACAUUACUUGAUAAAAGUUUAAUUAAAUGCUUGUGUAUUAUAAUGGACUGUAUCAUUUAUUUUAACUUUUCUGUUAGACACAUUGAAUCGUUGAAAAUUUCCAGUGACAAAAGAUAAUAUUUACAAUGUGGCCAGCAUAAAAAUAUGGCAUCAGUUGUUUAAGAAUUAAAUUUAAACAAUUCAAACUUUUAUUAUAUUUCCUGUAUUACAAUUUUUAUUUUUAAAUAUUACUAUUAUAAACACAAAUAAUAUAUUUGCUAAAAAAUUUCAAUAAAAUAUUUCUUCUUAUAUCAGCAGCGUGUAGAGCUCAGAAAUGAAGUAAUGUAAAUUGUAUACUGUGUCUUGAUAUAGCACUCGCCUGAUUUGUAUUGUGAUACGCUUUUUUGUAUUUGUGUACUGUAAUAAAAAUUGCGUGAAA